CAACAAGUGCACGGAUGAUGCUCUCCACUAGCCCAAUCUUCCAAGAAGAAUGUCAUGUUGCUUGGGCUCCAUCGAAACACCCAGCGGUUCUUUGAGUAACCUCAAGUCGUAUCAUUUGUUUCACUGUUUAUUUUGCGCUUACCAACGAGUUUCGCCGGUCCUGGAAAGUGAAAUCAGACACCUCGCKGGGGUUUGCGCAACUCUCAGAAGAAGUUUUAUUAUCGGUGAGCUCGCGGAGCUAGCUUAAAUCGGCGAGCCGUUUGUUUCAGCCAGUAUGCAGCUGCGGAGUGARCGAUGAAAGGAGGAGGCACUCGUCGGGCUUCUUGUUUUUUGUGCCCGACAUGUGUUUGCGAGAGGGCAACAAGAAGCCCCCGGAAGACACGCACUCCUUUCGCUAUGGAUAAGUAGCGAAACAGCUGCCGAGUUGAGAAGUCCAGUCGGGAGGAGAACAUUAUGAGCAGGGCAGAACAAACAGACCUGGUCUUGUCCAAAAGUGAAGACCCUCUCCGGUGCAUCCACAGCUCCAGACCCGAGCCUCUGGUCCGAAGCAGACCCGUCAGUGAUAUAUAUCCACUGCAGAACCACGCUGAAAGGCACCCCGUCCCCUGUCUGCUGUCAGGAUGCAGUGCUCAGGUGCAGCCCAUGACCGCUGGUCCUCGCUCUGAUGAGAACAGGUUAAACGGCAUCAAUUCCUGGUCCAACUCUGUUUUAGGUCAAAGCGAAGGCAAACCUUACCCUUCAAGAAUUAUGAGGCUUUUUUCAAACUCCAAGAAGAGCCCUGUUCCUCCUCCCAGCCCCGCCGCAGACAGUCCAACCUCCGCCUGCAGCCACGAUGGCGGCGGCAGCCCUCAGCCUUGGGCAGGAUUUACAGGUCUGACUGUCAUGGACUCCUUUAAAAAACUACGAUCUUCGGUGCUGCAAGGGAUUCAGAGUAAAGCUGCAGCAAACAACAAUGGAGACCACGUUUCUUCACCGAACAUGGACAUGGCUAAUGGCUCAGCUGUGAAUAAUGAUCUUUUAAAGACAGAAGCUGAAGGAAAUAAUGUGAAGAACAGAAAUUUUACAGACCAAAUUUUUGCUACAGUUGGCCAGUAUAGCCUGGAUGUUGAUGACUACGAUGAUGAAGACAGUGAUGUGAAUGGACUCACUCGCAAUUCACGCUUCUCGAGAAGCAUCAGGAGAGCUUAUGGUGCUGGAAGAAUCAUGUUACAUGACAUGGAAAAUGGGAGACGAGCGGGAAGUAGCAAGAACACUACAGUUACUGCACAGGAACCAUGUCAUGCAUCUAGGGUCCAAACAGAUACUCUGUUUAAAAAGACAAAUGUGAAAAUUUUGAACAAAAGGAGCAUAAGUUCAGAGAACCUUCCUAUUUUCAAGCUACCUGUUAGUGGCAAAGCCCCGUGUAUCAGACCUCCAUCCCCAGAGGAAUACUCCCAAAGGACUAGUUUAUCAAACAGGACACCAAACAUCCAAAGGACCUCCAGCUUUUCUUCAGUGGACCUUCGGACCUGCACAGAAUGCGACAGGACGAGCCCCGUAAAGAACAAAGCUCAAAUGCUGAAACUAAUUGGCAGCAUGACUGACCUCACUGUCCGACGUAGACCAAGUCCUUCCCCCAGUCCCACCUCCCCAUCUCUCAUGUCCCCACUUAGCCGUCUCCACGAUGACUACUCUCGCCGUGUGCCUUGCCUACGAACCAACGAGCGACAGCGUCGGCCAUUACCCGUCACUGUCCAGGUCAGUUCUGUUGAACACGCACCACUCUGUCAUCGUCAACCUGAAGACGAUGGAAACCUCCAGUCAGAUCCAGUUGUGGUCGACACACUUCCUUUAAAGCCAAGCGAGCAGAUUUCCGCUGGUAUUUCUGCACAGGAUGAAAUGCCGACUUCAACAAAAAGUUCUAAAAUGUUAAAUGAAGGAUCUUACCCCUCCCCAAUCCAAAGAAAGACUUCUCAACACCAAGAUCAACCUGACGACAACUCACUAUCAAAUGAGGUGAGAUCAGAGCUACAAAAACUAGAACCACUCCUCCAAACAGAGGAAACACCUGCAGCUACCAGCAGCCCACCUUCCAUCUCCCCAACAUGCUCCUCAGAGUCRCCCGUCUCGCCCACAUCUUCUACAGAAGCGGAUUCCACAGAGGCCUCUUCGGUCAAGCCCAGACGAAGAAGCGGGCGCCCGAGACCUCGGCCCAUUUCUGACUACGCACAGCUUGUUUCCAGGAAGCAUUUCAUUCCCGAGGAAGUGACUGAGCAGUUUGAUGAGGACAGGACAUCUGACACGCUGCUGCAGAAAGUCUGCAGUGAUAACAGGAACGGAGUCGCUCCUGAGAACUGUAACCUGAACGGAGACGUGCAAAAACAUCGACGCAUCUCAGUGAUAGGAGCCGUGGGUCUGUUCCCUGCAGAUGCAGAGUUAGAGGAAGACCGCCCACCUUCUCCUUUGUCGCGACCUCCCAUCCCCUCCCACCAGGUGCCCCCCUACAAAGGAGUGUCUGCCAGGUUUCGCCCCUCUGUCCUCUCCCAGAGCACCCCCAUUGGACUGGACCGCGUGGGACGACGGAAACUCCACAGAGUGCUCAGCGACGGYGUGUCGGAGCGCGUGGCCACGCUCGACGACAGCGUGAGCGAGGAGGAGGAGAGCAGCUUCGAUGAUCUCUCCGAAGGCACGCCCUACCUCCAGCCGGGGGUGGACCUCUCCGUGCUCAACAAGUGGAUAAACUGUGGGCAGGCKGUGUACGCCGAGCCCCUCUGGGAUCACUUGUCCAUGGAGGAGCAGGAGCUGUCCUUCAAAGCUGGGGAUGUUAUCCGUGUCCUGGAYGCCUCCCAUAAGGAGUGGUGGUGGGGCAGGGGGGCUGACAGAGAAGGCUGGUUCCCCUCCAGCUUUGUGAGGGUGCGUGUGAACCAGGAGGACUCGGGCGCCGAGAGUGUGGAGAGUGUGGCGGACAAGAAGGACCCAGCUCCCCAGGACACUCACGCCACUCAGCACAGGGAGCAGAUGAGAACCAACGUGGUUCAGGAAAUCAUGAAUACUGAACGCAUUUACAUCAAACACCUAAAAGACAUCUGCGAGGGUUACAUCCGUCAGUGUCGGAAAUACCCCAACAUGUUCACUGACCUGCAGCUGAAGACCAUCUUUAGCAACAUAGAAGACAUCUACAAAUUCCAGAGGCAGUUCCUCAAAGAGCUGGAGAAGAAGUACAACAAGGAACAGCCGCAUCUCAGUGAAAUAGGCUCCUGCUUCCUCCUGCAGGGCGAGGGCUUUUCCGUCUACUCUGAAUACUGCAACACUCACCCUGCAGCCUGUGCCGAGCUGCAGUGCCUCAUGAAGAUGGGRAAAUACAAGCAUUUCUUCGAGGCCUGCCGCCUCCUCCAGCAGAUGAUUGACAUUUCCCUCGCCGGGUUCUUGCUCACGCCUGUUCAGAAGAUCUGCAAAUACCCCUUACAGCUGGGGGAACUGCUGAAGUACACCCCCAAAGAUCACAGUGACUACCCUUGUGUCAGUAAGGCAUAUGAAGCGAUGAAGAAUGUGGCCAGUUUAAUUAAUGAAAGAAAGAGACGCCUGGAGAGCAUCGACACCAUCGCUCACUGGCAGGUGGCCAUUUUACACUGGGAGGGUCCAGAYGUGCUGGAGCGCAGCUCGGAGCUGAUCCACUCCGGUGAGCUGACUCGAGUGGUCCGACAAGGUAAAAUGCAGCAGCGCAGCUUCUUCCUGUUUGACCACCAGCUGGUCUACUGCAAGAAAGACGUCCUGCGCAGAGACCUGCUCCACUACCGAGGCCGGCUGGAUAUGGACCAGAUAGAGGUGGUGGAYGUCCCCGACGGGUGGGACGCGUACCUGGGUCUGACCCUGAGGAACGCUCUGCGGCUGCGUCACGUCGACACUCUGGAGUUUGUGUGUGUGCUGUGCUGCAGGAAGGUCCAGGACAAGCAGAGGUGGUUACAGGCCUUCACCAAGGAGAGAGACCGGGUCAAAGAGGACCAAGAGAUGGGAAUGGAUAUCACAGAGGAGCAAAGGAAACAGGCUAUUUUCAAGGCCAGAAGACCUAAACAUGGAAAAAAAGCCUUGGGUUACACUGGUUCUGGCCCGCCACACCACCAGAACCUUCCGCCUCUCCAGCAGCGCCACAUCAACAUUCCCACCAGCGUGCCUCAGCAGCAGGUCUUCUUCCUGGCCGAACCUCCCAAACGAAAGCCUUACCACCUGCUCUACAGCAUCACCCGCAACGCCUUUUUCAGAAAGUGAUGCUCCGUCUUUCUUCCUUUUUUCUUUCUCUGCUCGUUCAGAGCAUAUUUAAAACGUCCUGAAGUCUCAAAGAACAUUAUAUUUUUUUUGUUUUGUGUACGCGCUGUUAAGGUUUUUGUUUUGUGCCUCUGUUUUUCUUUUUGUUGCGAGUUUCACCUUUAAGUGCCUGUGAUUCAAAGGGGCGUUAGAAAAGUGUUAAACUGUUUCUGUUUUGUUCUUAUUUGUUAAAAAUGCUGCUUAUUAAAAAAAACAAAACUUAUUUUAAAUAUUACAGCUUUUUUUAAUGAUGCGAAGGAUGUAUAUUCUGUUUCAUGAAGGCUGGGCCCUUUUUUGCUGUCAACUCUGAGCCCAAAAAGCUCAGACGAACUUAACUCUGCACAUUCUCGUAACCAUUUAACUGUAAAUAAAACUGUUGUACAAGCAUG